AUGCGCCUCCGGAAACAUAGCAAUCGUACAAAUGCACCCUUUAUUGCGAAUCAUGUCCAUGAGACAUGUCGCAAGGAGGCAUACCGUAACAUUCGUCAUAAUGCCCAACCUGUGUUUACCAUGCACUGUCAAACAGCGUUACUAUCCUACCUCCAGGUUUUCGUAAGUAAGUUUUCGUUGCCUCCCUACUUCCUCGGAAUUGCUGGUGCCGAAAACCCCUUGGAGUCUUCAGGGUUUGUUGGCAAGUCGUUCCGUGAUUACGGGUUGCUCUGGUUGGGUGAGGUAGAAAUACCAAUAGGCCCAAAAGACUCCAACCCUGAUUCUGGUUGGGACGGGCUUACUACCCGGCGUAAAAUAGUACAGGGGGCCAAUCAAACCCUCGACAGUUUGCGUACGCGUGCGAGCCCCAUCAUGGUGUUGACCAGUGAGGAUGUCUACGCGCACUUCUUAGACAAUGUGUUCUUGCUCUCCCAGGAGCAUCCGAUUCGACUAUUUCUUAUGCAACAAGGUUUUGAAUCUAUGGAGGACCUCUUUGGCAUAUUUGAAGAUGAUCUCAGUACCUUUGGAUAUUUUCGCACUGCUACUCUUAGAUUCAACAAGAACCCUCAAUGGUCCCUUUUGUCCCUUGCACACCGUCAGAUUCUUCGACACUUCCUGCAUUGGCAGGCAUCUCUUUGGCAUCAAAAGGGAAGCAGCUUGAAGUAUCUGGAGCUUGUUACAUUGACCGACCAGGAUUUCGCUCAGUACCGACAAUCAACAUUGGAAGAGAUACUUCCCGAUGACACCAACAAAGUUCAUGCUUGCUCUAGCAUGCCACCUGUUCCUAGCAAGACGGUCCUCAUGCACAUUCUGGACAAUGUGUUUGUGCUCUCCCAAGAUCACCCAAUCCGUUUAUGUUUUUUGCAGCAGAGCAUUGAAUCUAUGGAGGAUUUUUUCAGUUUUCUUGAAGAUGGCAUUGAUGCCCUCACCUUUUCACCCACACCUGCUGACAAAGGCAACUCACUUCCACAACGGAUGCCCAUGAAGCUUGGACACUGUUGGCUUCUGCAGGCUUUCUUUGACUGGCAAGUAUUGCUUGAAUGGGAAAAGGGGAGUUUUUUGGAGAAUUCGGAACUUGCUGCAUUGACCAAAGCGGAUUUUACUCGUUACCGACGAUCUGCAAUCAAGAAAGCCUCAACUGCAUCCCUUAUGCCAUCAGCUUCUAUCCUUGGUUUCACCAGGAAGGGCCUUACACCACAGGAUGGGGAGGGUUGUUCUAAGCCCAUCAACUUCGCCGAGUCGCAUAGAAUCGAAAGCAAAAAUUCCUGUGUCUUAAAGGGUUUACCUGAUUCCACUCCUGACAACCUCAUUGGAGAAACUUCGCCAACCAAUAGUCAGGAUGAUGGGGAGCAAUUUCGUGAACAACAAGCUUUUACCAAAAGUCAGAAUAAUGGGGAGCAAGUUUGUGAAUGGCAACCUUUUUCAACUGAUAGUCAUGAUGAUGGGGAGCAAUCCUAUGGAUGCACUGUACGAAAAUUUCUGGGUUGUGAUAAACCAUGCAACAUGCAAUUUUCGGUGGAUAUCAGUGAUUGCAAGUGUGAUGAAAGCUUUGCCUGUACCGAAAGUGAUGCCAAGUAUGAUGAAAACCUUGUUUCUAUCGAAAAUCUAGACAAACACGAAACCAAUCUAGAUGAAAAGUGGCACAAGAGGGACCGAGAAUGGUGUUUCAAGGCAUCUCCACCCAUAUUAGCAGUCUUGGUUUCUCGUCAAAUCACUGCUGCUCGUCGCACAGAAUUUGGUAAACCCACCUUGAGUCCGCCUCAAGGAAGUGUUGAGCUUGGUACCAACCGUACCUUGUUUGACAACACUGCUUACAUUGCUUGUUGUUGCAUAAAGUGUCAGAGGUGUCUACGGGGACAUUUAUCGGCUUGUGCUUCGCACCUUUGUCAAGCUGCCACCACCACCCUCCUGACCAUUGGUAUUGAAAACCCAUUAGUACUUCAGGGUUUGUCAGUUUUCUUCUGGAUUUGCCAGUGGGUUGUUUCGUGA